CAUCGGGUCCGCAGCUGUGUUUAACCGGCCGCGAGUCACGUUUCUUUUUUUUUUUUUUUUGAAUUAUUUUGGACGAGGUCGAAAUUUCCUUGACUUUUUAGAAACAACUAUUUUACUUUGAAUAUUUUAUGGAGAAAUAUUUUGUCUGUUACGAAAUAUCUUUGAGUUGUUUCUGUUUAACUUGUUCCUCGCUUGUUUCCACCGAUGUUUGAUUUUAUCUGAUGAGGAAUUUGUUGUUGCGUUAUCGAAAGGGGGGAAUCAAACGACAGAAAAAAAAACACGACGAUUGAACCGAGUGUGUGUGUGUCAUGCCCUCGUGUGCCGAGUUGUUGCUGACCGACUGAAUUUCUUCUUCAGUAAGGUUUCGCGCAGCCGAGCAGAAUUUACCCUGUUUUUACCCACGUCCCGAUUGGAGGCGAUGAGCAGCUGCAUGAGGAGACAAGAGUCAUAAAAAAAAAAAAAAAAAAUCCAUCCGAAAAAAUAUUCGAUUAAAAAAAAAAAAACGAAAGCCACAAUCAGUGUGUGAAGAAAAAGGAGCUUCAUCUUGAGACAUAACAACGCAAGAACAAUGAAUAUGCGCAAGAUCGUUUGGACGUUAUGGGCGAUCGCCUUUGUUUAUGGGAGCGUGAGCUGCCAAGCCGGCGAUGAAGGUGAGCGUCGAGGCGGAAGAAAACGGAAUCGGGGCACGGGCACUUCGGCCUUUCGUCCCGAACAGAGCAGCCCAUCGAAUCAUGGCCGUAACCUUCCCAUGCCCGAUGACCCACUGUUCACUGACCAACGAGAAAUCCGGCUCUCUUUCAUGAAGGAGCGAUUGUGGAGCCCGAGUGGAUCGACGGACGCUUCUCGGAAAAAGGCGGCCACGACGACGAGUCACAAUAGCAAGAAGAAGCCGUCCAAGUCGAGCGGUGGUGGCCAUUCAUCGGAUAAUUAUUCUGGCCCGCGAAAGACCGGCUCUGACUCGUCAACGAAGACGAACCCUAAGAAGCCCAAUAUCAUCCUGAUGGUGACGGACGACCAGGACGUCGAACUCGGCUCUCUGGAAUACAUGCCCAAAACGAGAGCUAUUCUCAAAGAAGGCGGCGCUUUCUUUCCAAACUCUUUCGUCUCGACGCCAAUGUGUUGCCCGUCUCGCAGUUCCAUGCUUACGGGCCUAUUCGUCCACAAUCACGGAGUCUUGACUAAUAACGAGAAUUGCUCAUCAGCCUAUUGGCAAGCGGAGCACGAGCCGAGGACGUUUGGCGCCUACUUGGCCAGCGCUGGAUAUCGGACGGGCUAUUUUGGUAAAUACCUCAACAAAUACAACGGCAGUUACGUCCCGCCUGGAUGGAGAGUGUGGGCCGGUCAAGUCAUGAAUUCACGAUACUACAACUACACCAUUAACUUCAACGGCCAAAAGAUCAAACACGGCGCCGACUACCAGACGGAUUAUUAUCCCGACUUGAUCACCAACGAUUCCAUUAGUUUCCUGCGCGAGUCUAAGCAACACUACGAUCAUCAACCUUUCCAUUUGGUGAUGAGUUUUCCGUCUCCUCACGGGCCCGAAGACUCGGCGCCUCAGUAUUCGAACAUGUUUUUCAAUGUGACGCGACAUCGGACGCCCAGCUAUGACUUCGCUCCCAAUCCGGAUAAACAAUGGAUUUUGCGUUGGCUUGGCAAGAUGAAACCGGUCCAUCAUCGUUUCACCGAUUUGCUCAUGACGAAACGCCUCCAGACGCUUCAGAGUGUCGACGAUGCCGUCGAGAGGAUUUUUAGCGAGUUGGUGGCACUCGGCCAGCUGGACAAUACCUACAUCUUUUACACGUCGGAUCACGGCUAUCAUCUGGGACAGUUUGGACUGAUCAAAGGCAAAUCAUUCCCGUUCGAGUCCGACAUUCGAGUCCCAUUUUUGGUCCGCGGUCCAGGCGUCGGACGCGGUCGGGUGGUCCAGAGUCUGAUUGGCAAUGUUGAUCUGGCGCCGACGUUCCUGGAGAUUGCCGGUUUGCCCGUGCCAUCGCACAUGGACGGCGCCUCUAUCUUCCGAUUCUUCCAAAAGGAGAAGGUUAAAAGCCGUGCGCCCUGGAGGGACACGUACUUGAUCGAGCGGGGCAAAAUGCCACCCGCGCUCUUCCCAAAGCUCAACGUAGUCGAAGAUGUUCCCAAUAACAAUGAAGGAGCUGAAGGCGACGAUGCUGACGGAGUGUCGGUCGAGUACUCUCCGCCGCGAGGCAAAUUUGAACGAUGGGCUGUCGAAUGCCGCAAGCCGCAGUACCAAAGCCCUUGCACUGGAUUUCAAAAGUACGAGUGUGUCUUUGUGGACGAGCGCUGGCGAAUGAAAAAGUGCCGGCCGUCCGUCCACAAGGUAGCCAAGAAGAAAUGGUGCCAAUGCAAAGCCCUCUCCAAGUACCGACUCAGCAAAUUGGAGCCGGAAGAGAGGAGGAUGCAGCGCGCUUUUCUCAAGGAGCACACUAGCGUUGAUUGGCGCGGAUAUCGGCCUCGUUUCCUCAAAACUGUGGCCGGCAGCAAAAGGAAGUUGCACAGGAACAACAAUCGACACAAGCGCGAAGAUGCUGCAACAGCAGCCGCAACGGCUGUCGAGACGGCCGCCUCGUCCGCGGAAGGCAGUGUAUUGCGAGAUGUUGCUGAAGACGAGCUGGAACAGGUCGAACUCAUCAUGGAAGACAUAUCGGAUGAGAUUUCUGAUCUCGAGGCUCUGACGGAAGCGAGAAACGUUUCCAGCAGCACGGAAGCAGCAAUCGUUGAUCCGGUCACGUUGGCGCCGUCUACGGCAGCUGGAUUGCCAAGUAGUGGCAAUAAAAGUGCACCGCAGCUGAACAACGGCGAUGGGAAGCUCAACUGCCAAAUUUUGGGCCAGUCGCGAAUUAAUUGCAGUAGUGAAGUGUACAACGAUCCAGCUACUUGGCGUUUGAGUCGCGACUUUCUCGAGCAACAAAUCCGGAUUUUGCGCGUUCAGUUGGACGAGUUGAAAGUCAUCCGGAAGCAUUUGCGGGCAAUGCGGCCCACCAUGGGCGGUGAUAAAUUCUACGCGGCCAAUAAGAAACGGACGAGUUCCAAAACGCCGAGCUCUUCGCUCUUUGACUGGUCGUCACCGGCCUCCAAGCGCACCGAAUUAAAUAGCAGCACGGGUGCGUCGGAGGUGGCCGGAAGUGGGGCCAGUAGCCGAAGGAAACACCGUCCUAAAAUCCCACAGUUAACGGACGAUGGCGAAGACGAUGCCGAAGAAGAGGAGGUCGUUGACGACGAUGACGACGAAGAAGACGAGGAUGAAUCGACUGUCGAUCCAGUGGAAAGCACGAUCGAAGUGACCAUCUACGACAAUCGAAAAAUCAAGCCUUCAAACAAUGUCGGACGGAUCGGGAUGUGCCCCUGUGUCGACGUCAAUUGGUCGCGCAGUCAGGCGCGUAACGAAGAGCGUCUGGUUCGCCAGGCAAACCGUCGCAAGAUCAAAGAGGAGCGUCAGAAGCGUCGCCAAAAGAAGCUGAGCCGAAAACGGGCCAUGGUUGAAUCGCACAACGGCCAAUGCAACUAUGAAAAGAUGAAUUGCUUUAGCCACGAUAAGGACCAUUGGCGGACGGCUCCGUUGUGGAACGACAGUCCGUUUUGCGUCUGUAUGAACGCCAACAACAACACGUAUUGGUGCGUUCGGACGCUCAACACGACUCACAAUUCGCUCUAUUGCGAGUUUAUUACCGGAUUUGUCACUUACUACGACAUGCGCAUCGAUCCCUACCAGCUACGCAAUAUCGCCCACACCUUGUCUGAAAAUCAAUUGGCCUUCUUCCAUUCGACUUUGGAACGGUUGCGCGUCUGCAAAGGAGCCGACUGUUUCGUCAACACCCACCCGUCUGCCGCCAAAUUACUGGCAGCCGGCAAAUCGGAUCCGGAAGAGAGUAAAGAUGCCAGUUAUCACCUACAAAGUAGUCAUCUGCUCGACAAUGGUCGGUCGGGUAAAGUCAAGCCGAGACGUGACGGAUACUGGCGCCGGUCGAAGCGACGCGAAAGGCAGACGCCCGACGUUACGUCAUCGAGCGCCGCCGCGUGAUUGAUCUCGUCCCUCACAGCUUCUCUUUUACUCUUCCUGGACAAAGUUCACUAACUACCCCCUGAGAGAUUGUUAUAGGACACACACACAUACAGAUGGAUAUAAAAGAGCAGAGAGACUCGGCCACUGUUUAUAUCCCUUUCCUUUUUCGGGAAAAAAAAAAGGAUUGUUUUUUUUUUUUUUCCCCUUUAUUUUUUCUUCUUUACAAGUUUCUGUUUUUGUUGUUUUGUUGGCCGGAUCGUUUAU